AUGGACCGCUUCGACCCUUCCCAGCUCCCCCGUCAGCUGCUACACCUCUCGACACUGCAACUCGUCGCCCAGGCCGCACCUUCCUUCACGCAUGCUCGCUCCCUGCCGAUCCACACCCUUUCGGACCUGCUGCAGGACUAUCUGGGGCUGCUCGCGAGCUCGGCCAAGGCACGCGCCGAGCUCGCCGGGAGGGACAAGGUCGCGGUGUGGGAUAUCGGGGCUACGAUCGACGAGUUCGGCGUCGGACCCAUCUAUGAACUCAAGGACGAGGCGAUGAAGCCCGGAUCACCACCUACAGAGGAUGGCGGGUUGCGGAUACCCGAAGUCGCGCACGAGCUCGCAGGUCGGUCACCGGUCAUCGCAUCCCAUCGCAUCCCAUCGCAGACUCGACUCCACGUGUCACCUCCUCACACCCACCCAAUACACGACAGCGGCUGAUCCCGCUGAUUGUGCUCCUGCAGAACAUCUCGAUGUGCGACUGCCGCUGCCUCCGAUCGCUCAGCUCGCGUAUGACGUGUUGCACCCGAUCGAGCUACACACCCUGCACCAUCUCCCCGAUCUCAUGCCUUCUUCAAUCGACUCGCCCCCUUCAGAUGAUUCGGAGCUCGAGAUCUCACCUCGGCGCGUCAAGGCAUCGACUUCGCCCGUCAAGAAUGGCCAUCGAUCGAACCCUUCCUUCACCCUUGUCAAGCAAGAGCCCGACGUCGGACAUUCGCUCUUUCUCGAUGCGUGGGAUCAAGAUCCGGCCUUUGAUUUGGAAAAGGAGAUUGACAUGCUCAAUCUGCCCAUGUUGGGGAGGGGAGGAAUGUACGCCGCCGCCGAGGAGGAGCAGGAACCGGUGGACGAGGAUCCAGCGCUUGCUUGGAGGGAUCCGUCGCUGAUCCCGCCGUGGGUGCCCGACUUUCUACCACCGUUCCCGGGCAUGGAGAGGCAGAGGGAAGCUCCGUUGGCCGCGAGAAGCCGGCGUGAACAAGCAGACUCGGCGUGGGACGGUCGGCCUCGAGGCGCCCAGUACGCUGCAGGAGGCGACCCCUGGAGCGCCCCCAUCCCUUACAACACGUCGAUGCUGUCCGACAUGCACCCCAUCAGUCACCUACCCCCUCUUUCCCCACACCCGCUCUCGCCUACGAUGGAAGAGGACGAGCCUCUACUCCCUCGGCCGACAAAACGACGACGUCGAGCCGUCUCGCCGCUUCCGUCAGCGCUCGAUUCGCUCGAUGCGUACCGCACGGCCCUACCCGAGAUCUCUCACAUGCCCACCUAUCGACGACCCAAUCUCGAUCGGCGAAGGGCGGCAGCCGUUAUUGGUCUGCACCCCGAUCUUUCCAUCGCCGGCGUGGACUCGCUGUUUGGACUCUUGCCGAUGCCCUGGACACGACAACCGAUUCGGCCGCCAGGAUAUUUGCCCGAGACGGCCACAACAGCAGCGAUCCAUCCUUUCAACACCGCUCUACCCCAUACGGCUACCGUUCCGGUCCCCUACCACCAAGGUGCGGCCGGUACUCAUCUUGCUGCUCCUGUUCCUCACCCCCGUGUGCCGACGACGCUCGCUCGCGCUAAGGAUCAACUCUUCAAACCGAGCGAAACGAACAACAACCUCGCCAUCUACUCUCGACUUACGCGCAUCGGGCCCCCUGGUCCUUUGGGCCCCAAGGGGGAGGCUCUCGAUUACGAGUACGUUGGACAAACGUCGAUCAUCGCUUUGAAUGUCGACUGGCCCGUGCGAAGGCACGAUCAACGCCUACCCGUUCGAGACGACGAGGGUCUCGGAAGUGGGACGGUGGGGGGGAUAGGAUCGGUAGGAGGGACGGGAGGGGCGUCCACUCCAGCGGCGAGUGGGAUCAAGCUUAAGCUUGGUCGGGCGGGGAGUGCGAGCGUUGUCGGCAGUCCGGCACCUGCGACGAUGCCUACGCCCGGACCGUCGACGGGGACGUGGUUGGGUGGCUUCGCCAGUAAUGGUCCUCCGAGUGCGAGUGCAACACCUGCGUAUCUCUCACGCGCGGAUAGUCCCCUCUUGACGGUGCAUCGUGAUUCCAUCACGUCCAUGGGUGGCGGUGGGGUCCGAUACCCUUCCAUGAGUCGCGAAGCCUCCGUCGCGAGUCUCCCUCAAGAAGUCGCCGAUAUGCUAGUGGCAAACGGGAUCCCCUUGGACCAACUCGAAUCAACCGCAUUGAAUCUAGUCGAUCAAGCCAUGACGACCUCGACGAACGACCUAUUCAACCAGAUCGCGAACGACCAAUCCGCCGCGCAAUUUGAUGCGAGUUUGUUUGGAUUCGGCAAUGCGUGGGGGGCGUUUGAUCCGAUCAGUUCGGAUGGGUUGCUGAGUGGCGGGGAGGAACUCAAGCCGCCCGUAGGACCGAUUAGCUUCAAGUUUCCGAAUAAGGAUGACAGAGGUUCGGGUGCAGGGGCGUCGACUUCGACUGGGCAUUGA